AUGGCAAUGGAAGCCGUCGCUCAAGUUAGAGGUCUCAAAAUCACAGUAUCAAGGAACUCUAUUAGAUCUAGCACUUUUUUUGAAUUCCGAAAUGCGAGCAUCAGCGCCGCUCUUGUGAUCCAAGACGGAAAAGACAUAGGGGUUCAAGAUUUUGAGCUACACACAGCCUUCCCAUGGCGAAAAAUAUCUAGCACAAGCAAGUCAACUGACUAA